GGGGUUAUACUAUACUAUUAGGAAUUUAGGAUUAGUUUGUGCUAUCCUUUUCGACGUCUGACUUUGUGAUUAAUCCCUGCAGUUGAGGGAGCCAAUUAGUGGUGUCUCGCUUCUUAAUAAUUAGUUUAUGUGAUCGUGUUUCAGACGUUGUCUAUAUAACAAGUUUAUCCUUUCUAAUAAAUCCUUAAUCUGCCACCUUCUGUUCUUGAGUUUCCGUAGCAGCUAGCUUGUGCUCGUGUUAGCAAACUCCAAAGUGAUGGCAGCAGGUGACCAAGCGAAGGUGGUGACCAUCCUGAGCAUCGACGGCGGCGGCGUGAGAGGAAUCAUCCCGGCCAUCGUCCUCGCUUUCCUUGAAAAGGAGCUCCAGAAAUUGGACGGGCCGGAUGCUAGGAUCGCGGACUACUUCGAUGUCGUCGCCGGCACGAGCACCGGGGGCCUCUUGACGGUGAUGCUCACGGCGCCGGACAAGGAUGGCCGGCCGCUGUUCGACGGCAAGGAUCUAGCCAAGUUCUACAUCGACGAGUCGCCCAAAAUCUUCCCACAGAACUGCAGGGGCUCCAUCUUCUCCAAGAUCGGUUCGGGUCUGGCGACGGUGACCGGGCCAAAGUACGACGGUAAGUACCUCCAUUCGCUGCUCCGUCGGCACCUCGGCGACACGAAGCUGGACGGGGCUCUCACCAGCGUGGUGAUCCCGGCCUUCGAUAUCGCCCACCUGCAGCCCAUCAUCUUCUCCAGCUUCCAGUUGGAGAACCAGCCCGCCAAGAACGCGCUCCUGUCGGACAUCGCCAUCGGCACCUCCGCCGCACCCACCUUCUUCCCCGCGCACUACUUCGAGACCAACGACGGCAAGGGCGGCACCAGGGCCUACAACCUCAUCGACGGCGGGGUCGCCGCCAACAACCCUACGCUAUUGGCGAUGAACCAGGUGGCGGAGCACAUGGUCCUCGCCGGGCAGAAGCCGGUGGGCAAGUCGUACAUAGUCAUCUCCAUCGGCUGCGGGACAUCAUCGCUCCCAAAACUCAAGUACAGCGCCAAGGACGCCGCCAAGUGGGGCAUCUUGAGCUGGCUCGUCAAGGAUGGCACCGUCCCCAUCCUCGACAUGUUCAACGCCGCCAGCGCCGACAUGGUCGACUUCCACCUCUCCGUCCUCUCCGCCAUCCUCGGCUCCUCCCAUCAAUACCUCCGCAUCCAGUAUGAUAAACUGAGCGGGAGUGCGGGCUCCAUCGACGACUGCUCCAAGGCCAACUUGGAUAGGUUGGUGAAGAUUGGGGAUGAGCUUCUCGCCGAGAAGGUGUCCGGGGUGGACCUGGAGACCGGCCGGAAUGUGGAGGUGCCCGGUGGAGGCACAAACGCGGAGGAGCUCGCCAAGUACGCAAGGCAGCUCUCCGAUGAGCGGCGCCGACGCCGUAACAAUUAAUAUGCCUCAAACCAAACUAGCAAUUGCAUAAUACCAGUAUUUACGUUUGGUUUGGGAGCUCAAUCUGUUUGUUUGAUUUAAUUAUGUCGUGCGUAUUGUUGUUGUAAUAGUCUUGUGCAAGAGUCAUUAUUAGCACAUACAAUAUGUAUACUUUAUAUGACAUGAAAAUGGUAUCGCUUGAUUUGUUUUCGAA